AUGUCCAUUGUGUGCAGUUUGUUUCAUCAGGCAGGUGGGGUGCGGGUUCCUCCUGGCUUCGCGGCAGGAGGGGAACCCGUCGCUACUGCGGCGGGGAAGCAUCGCGACUUAGUGCCGCCCCAGGCGCCAGCUACCCAGUUUCCUGGCAUACGCCUUCCCCGAUCAACUAAGCGUUCAUUCCGUAGAGCCCGCAAUAGAGCUCAUGCAUCGCCCCUCCAGGGCACCUGGUACAAAGGCAAGUGGCACUCCGCAUCCACUCUUGGACAUCUCCCAAAGCCCACCCCCGACAUUCCCAGGUCAACUGCCAAACGCGCGGUGCGCCGCACUACGCUCGACAGGCACCUUCGGAUUCUGUCGUGGAACGCAGGGGGACUGACUAGCUCCAUGUAUCAGGAAUUCCUUGCUUGGUGUGAAACUUGUGCUGAGCUUGACAUUGUGGUAGUGCAAGAAUCGCAUUGGCAUGAGACUUCUGACUACUAUGCCGGCCCUUGGCUGGCUAUGCAUACGUCGGGACGUUGUGAUCCAGACGGCUUCGGCAGGAACACAGGCCUCUUGUUUCUCUUGAAGCGCAAGACCUUCCAGGACCCCCGCUUCCUUGACAUUAAUCCAGGUAGGCUAGCUCUGGUUCAGGCCACUCACCGUGACACCCAGAUUCCUGUCAGUAUAGUAGGCAUCUAUCAGCAUGUUUGGCGUACACAUCUUACGUCUUCCCGCAACAGAGAACUCCGCCAAACUAUCUGGGCCCAGCUUGACACCACCUUGCAUCGCAUACCAAGUCGACACGCCCUGCUGAUAUGCGGCGACUUCAACUCAACGCUAACUUGUGAGCCGCCACUUGUGGGCAGCGCUGUUCCUAAGUGUUCCUCGCGCACAGAGGAUGGAUUGCAGGCCCUCCUGUAUAAGCACUCACUGUGUGCUCUCAACACUUGGCAUUGCAAGCCGCACUGUACAUAUCACUCUUCUAGCGGUCAGACCCAGAUUGACUAUGUGCUGUCGCGCUGCGCCGACACGGGCCAUCACGCCCGUACUGCAUACCCUGAUCAUGCCUUUCCUGUAGGUAGUGAUAGACUUAGCGGUCACUUCCCCAUAAGGGUUUCCUAUCCGAUUCGGCCCUUCUCCUGGAGGCGCACCCGCCCUGCACAAACGCCUGCAUACAAUGCACAAGCCCUGUGCUCCGCAGUGCGCUCCGGAGCCCCAUUGGCUCAGGAGCUGCAGCACCGAGUCGGCCUUCGGCUACAGGACGUCGACGCGUCCGUGCUUUCAACCGCACACCAGCAUGUCAACCGCAUCCUUCUAGAGGAGACCUGCGCGCUGUUUCCAGCUCAGCCUGCUCCAGACCACCGCAUCAGCGCUCAGCCUGCGUUUCGUGUCACUGCACGGACAGUGUGGGGCCUCUACCACGCCUUCAAGCGCUCAGGUGUGUGCACCUUCCGCAACAUCUUCGCCAAGUGGCGACUUGCCACUCAGUUCGCCAGCGCCUCAAAAGCCCUCCGCCAAAGCAGUCAGCGGCUUAAGAAGCAAGUCUUCCAGGGACAGGUUGAAGACGCCGAACUCGCGGCCAGCCGAGGGGACCAAAGAGGCCUACACCUCAUUGUUCGUAGGCUGUCUCCGCGCACCCGCCAGCUGGCAGGAAGACUCCGGGACGACUCCGGUCGUCUCCUCACCCGCGACGAGGAGCUAGAAGCCAUCAUCCAAUAUGGUAAUGCCACCUUUGCCAAGCACCAUGAUGAUCACCCGAUACUCCCCCUAGCCCAGGACGUAGUCAUACCUGCCGCCGACCUGGCAGCUGAGCUGUCCAAACUUGGGCCUGCCAAGGCCGUUCCCAAGCAUAUUGCCCCUUCCGCAGUCUGGAAGCUUUGCUCUUCUGACCUGGGUGAGGUCCUGAGUCAUGCCUUGACUCUGCAUCUUCGCCGGGGCACCAGUGCCCCCCUGGACACGGACUGGAAGGACUGCAGCGUGGUCUGGAUUCCCAAGCCUUUUGAAGAGGUCACUGAGCUCGUCAGCCGUACCCGUGCCACUCGCUUUCAGCAGCAGGCUGGCCAAAAGACGCGCGGCUGCGCCGGAGGCGUCAGCCUCUCCUUGGACUUAUCCAAGGCCUUCGACGGGGUCACACGUUCUCACAUUUACCAGGAAAUGAAGAAACAGGGCGUCGAUUCAUCCGUUAUCACUAUCGUUCAGCAAUUGCACCAUCGCGCCCGGUACAUCUACCGAGUUGGUGACAGUCAGGGUUCUACCCUCACCACCAAUGGAAUCAAGCAGGGCUGUGUGAUAGCACCUUACCUUUGGAAUUUCUUCUCCCUUGCUUUUCUUCUUCUUUUGCGCGAUCAAAGGGAUUUGUCCUGGAUUCAGAGGGUGUUGUCACUCUUCGCUGAUGAUGCCUGGGGAGCUUGGGCUAUUGCCUCGGCGGCUGACUUCCAACAAGCCCUCUCCGACAUCACUCUCAUCCUUGAAGCUCUUGAAUCCCUUCAUAUGAUCGUCAACUUUGAUAAGACAGCAAUUCUUCUUCACCUGGUUGGCAAGGAGUCCAAGAAACUUCGGCGGAACCACACCUUCAUGAAGGCGGGGCAGCUUCACUUGCGUCUUUGGGUGCAUGGUCGUGAACAAGCCAUUCCCAUUCGGGAUCAGCACGUCUACUUAGGCACCAUAGUGACCUAUCAUAGUCGGCUUGAACGCAACAUGGAGCACCGCAUCAAGGCCGCCCGUGCCAAUUACCAGGGCCUCCGCAAGCUGCUGAACGGGGCUCACGCCCUAGACACGGAUCAUCGCAUCCGACUGUGGAAAGCAUGUGUCUGCUCCAGCGUUAUGUACUCCCAGCACGUGGUCGGAGUGACCGCUAAAACCCUUAAGCGCUUGACUACGGUGCUCACCAGGCAUCUUCGUGCCAUCCUCCGGGUGCCGGCUCACUUGACGCAUGUCACCAAUCAAGCCGUGUGGCAUCAAGCCGGCCAGCCGAUGCCAGGCUGGACCAUCCAGUGUUCUCUGCUACAGCAUCAAACCAAACUACAGCAGACAGCCGCAUCGGGGACCGACAUUACCAGCACUCCCCAAGCUCUUGCACAUGUUGACAUCCUCGCCGGCCGUCUCGAGGCGCUGCUCCUCGACGCUGCCCAGACUCUCGCCACCGAGGCGGUCAGCGCACCGUCCAUCAGUUGCCCUCACUGCUCUGAGCUGUUCAUUUCUGAGAAUGCAGUUCGGAUACAUUGUAAGCUCAAGCAUGGUCAGCUCCCCCCCAGGCUUAAUCACCACCCUACUGAGUUCGUGCCUGAGCUUCAUUCCACAGCAGGCAUGCCGGCCUGCCGUCUCUGCCGGCGCCAAUUCUUCAGGUGGUCUCACCUUAAGCUCCACAUUGAAACCGGAGCCUGUGCAGCCCUGGGAGGCGACAGCAUGAUUCGCGCGCCACCUUCGGAGGCGCACGCACCUGCGCCGAUCAAGCCACCUCCCACCGCGGGACUUGCAGUCUUUGCGGAAGAAAAUGUCAUGCACCUGCCUCUGGUCAAGCGUCAAGCUUUUCUUGCAAGCUUGGGCAACUGGGAAAAGUGGUUGUCUGUGCCUGAGCUACGCCAGGAGCUCAAGAACUACUGUUCAAUUUGCCACAUGAUGUACGGGGAUCCACUGACGAUGGACGCCUUUGCCCACGAGGAGGCCGAAAUCUUUGCCAAUCUAUGGACCGGGCCGGAGCCUUACCUGGAGGACGGCCGCUCUCAGAAACGCCAGAGACCGGAGCAACACCGCUGGAGCAUGCCGCCAGCACAGCGACCGAAUCAGCCGCAUCAUCGUGGGGGCCCGCCUCCAUCACGGCCGAUGCAUCCCCUCCAGAAUCACAUCAACCUGCUCGGCCGCGUCGUCUUGCAGCAGGAGGACAUCAUCAGCCGCUUGCGCAACGACAAGAACUUCGUGUUGUUCCUGCGCAACGACGCCAACGGCACACUGGGCACGCUCAUGCGCAUCUCUCGCGAUUGGAAGGCCAAGAAGUCACUGGAGCCGGAGCAGCUCAAAUCUCCUCUUCGCACGGUGCUCAUUGCCUGCAUGAUCCGCGAGCUCAUGAACCUGGCCCAGCAGGCGGUAGCCACGGAGGAGGCACGCAACAAGCACGUCACCUCGGAAUGGCUCAACUCGGCCAUACGUCUGCUCAACUUCCUCCUGAAGUGCAUGACGGGCGACAUCGUGCAGCGCUUUGCAGCGUCCAAAACUCUCAACUUCCUCGAGCAGCAGGGAGCCCAGGUCGCCACCUUCCACCUGGAAAUCUCUUUGCGCGGUUCCCGGGCGCAAGAAGUGUACGAUGCCCUGGACCGAUUCACGGGCAACACGCUGAUGAAUCUCAUCGGAGUAUCGAUGAAACGGGACACCAUGCCGCGCUCUCCUCUGGCCAAGAAGCUUGCGGAGCAGGUAAACUCUUCGGAGUCUGCAGCUGCUCCGUCGGUGCCUUUGAUUGAAGCGGCCGCAGCGCGUAGCCUGACUGCAGAUGGCAUGCAAGUUGCUGAGCUGGCUCCGGCAACAAAGUGUCUUGUUCUGGUCAAUGACCCGGCUCGACACUUGCCUGACGUGCAAGAGCUGAUUUCGGCCUGGCACACACAGAUCGGUCUUCAAGCCUACAACAAGCCGCCACCCUGGCUAUUCAUACAACUCCCGCGCUUUCACUAUUAUGCCCCGGGUUGGCCUGUUAAGCUUCAGCAUGCCUACAUCCUGCCCAGCGCACUCCGAAUACCGGUCUUUGCUACGGCUGAUAACAUGCUUGUCCGGUGGGAGCAGUACAGGGUCAUAGGGUUCAUUCAGCAUCACGGCUCCGCACCGACUGCUGGCCAUUACACGGCUGUCAUACGGACGCAGCACGACCAGCUCUGGCUCUUGGAUGAUGAAAAGGCUCCCUGUAAACUGACAGAUGCUCAGGUUGAUCACGCCAGCACCAAUGCGUGUAUUCUUGCUCUCGUGCAUUGCAGCGCCUUUCAUGCUCCAGCUGGCUUGCUAGCAGCUCAGUCAGACGAUGGAAUCCAACACUUCGCGAACCCUGCGGGAAAUGGACCUCGACUGGAUCUCCAGCAGGCUCAGUCUUCUGCAGAUGCAAGUGCAAGGACUAGCGAUGGGACUGGAACAGCUGCAACAGGCCCACUCCCGGCUCUCGGAUCGUGUUCAGAUCAUGGAGGAUCGCUUAGCAAGGAAAGAGGCACAUAA